UUUCAGUAGUGCGUCUCCGCAGCGCAUCUUUAGUGCGGCCACUUUCAGUAAACAGCGCCUUGUGAGCGCACUACCUCUGCCGAAAAACACACGUCAACCACUGCAGCGGUACUGCACGGAGACAGCAGCAGGCCUGCGAGAUGCCACAAGAAGCUUGUCAGCUACAGACUGCUCGUUCUUAAUUAUCUCCAUGGCUGCUGAUGAGACCCAACAGGAGCCGGACCUGCUCGAAAUGCACCAAUUAUCUGCAGAGGACGGAUGUGCGUCCGUGUGUGCACAGAGCAAUAAGCUCCGUUAAGACAGCUGAUUAAUACAGAGUCGCUUAUCGGUGGAUGUCAGUAGUUAAAAACGGACGUGCGUUGUCUGCUCUUUACGUAAUCCUUUUUUGCGUAAUUUUGCAGCGGGUAUUGGAUGCCGCGUGGACCAGGAUUAUUUUGGCGAGGAUAUCUCUAGUGCUCUCCCCUCCUCCCUGCAUCCGUUGUUGUCCUCAACAGCAGACACACAGACUCAUUCAGGGACAAUUUGUCUGGAGCAACAUUGUAAAUAGACGAGGAGCUGUUUUAAUGAAAUCCAACAUCGCUGCAUCCCGGUUGAAGCCUUCAGUCAGCAAUGCCUGGGAAUCCUUCAGCUGCUCCUCCCUGCUGUUCUCUGAGAAUGGGAUCGUAGUGAACCAAUCUGGGAUUUAGAUCAACUGCUAGCAUGUUGCAGCCGUCCACGAGGACAGGUGACAGCCUGUUGGAAGCAUUACCUCACUGGUGCAAGCGUCCGAGAUGGGUCCUCUCCCUCACCCUCUGCAUGGCUCUCCUCUGGCUUCCAGGGGCAGCGGCAUCCACCCUAAACUGCCACAAGACGUGUAUCUGCGCCUCAAACAUAGUGAGCUGCUCCAAGAUGAAUCUGACCACCGUCCCAACGGGUCUCCCGCUCUACACUGCUGUGCUGGAUCUCAGCUACAACGAGAUAGAGCGACUGCGAUCUGAGUGGACCCCGGUCAACCUCCCGAAGCUCCAUAACCUCCUCCUCAGCCAUAAUGGUCUCCACUUCCUGUCCUCAGAGGCGUUCCUAUAUGUGAAGCACCUGCGCUACUUGGACCUGUCCUCCAACAACUUGCGACUGCUGGAUGAGUUCAUUUUUGAGCCUCUGGUCAACCUGGAGGUCCUCUUGCUGUACAAUAACCAAAUUUCCCAGAUUGACCGUUCAGCAUUCACCGGCAUGCUCAACCUUCAGAAGCUCUACCUUAGCCAGAACCAAAUCUCUCGCUUCCCCGUGGAGUUGGUCAAGGAAAAGUCCCGCCUGGAGAAACUUUCUCUCCUGGACGUGUCCUCCAACAAGAUCAAGGUGUUGCCCAUUGAUGAGCUCCGGGUGCUGCCUGCCUGGAUUAAAAAUGGCCUCUACUUCCACAGUAACCCUCUGCUGUGUCACUGUGAUCUCUACAAACUCCUCGCCCACUGGCACAUUCGAAAGCUCAACUCUGCUGUGGACUUCAAAGACGACUACACGUGUAUUCUGCCUGGCCCACAAAAAACCCAAGUGGGCAUUUUUGAUCUCAGUGGUGAAAAUAUGAACUGCAGCACGUUCAAGGAGGCAGUUCAAGAGGCUUAUCUGGAGCAGAGAAUGACCCUUGGCUGUGACACCAAACACAGGAACAUGUCAAAGACCUGGAUGUUGCCUGGUAAUGUGCCGGUGAUACGUGGAAGCAACCAGACAGCCCAAGACUUGCCAGAUGGAAGUCUGGAGAUCAAUCCAGUGAGGACUGAGGACUCCGGGACCUACACUUGCUUUGCGACAAGCGAGGUCUUCAAUGAGACGAUCUACGUGGUGCUGAAGGUUCACAACUUCACCAUGCACGGGGGCGGGGAAACCCUGAACACAGCGUACACCACCUUGGUGGGCUGUCUGGCCAGUGUGGUGCUGGUGCUCAUGUAUCUGUACCUGACGCCGUGUCGCUGCUUCUGCUGCCCCAAUAAAGGCAAGGGUCGUGGCGAGGACAGCAUCCACUCAUCCAUGCUCAGCGUGACACCGACCCACGAAGACCCAGCGCUCAAGGCCGAGCUGAACAGGCAUGUGGCGUUCAUAGACUCCAAGGACUUGCAGGGCCAGAACGGCAAGCUGAACCCCAACGGGGAUGAGGAUGAUGAUGAUCUGGAUGCAGAGGCUGGUUCUCUUAUGAAGGGCAAGAGGAAGAAGUCAGUAGCAGAGUCCAUCAGCUCCGUCUUCUCAGACACUCCCAUGGUGGUCUGAGAUGAGAUGGUGGACGCCACACGACUGGAUGUAAACGGUACAACGUGAGCCAUCUUAUAGUUCAUGUAAACUGUGACUGUGACCUUGUGGGAGGAAACGGAGUAAGGACGUUCAUCUGUAGUUGGAAAUAAGGAUCUCAAAGGGAGUAAAAAAAAACUGUCUUGUUGCCGACGAGGACAAUAAGCAGGACAUUUCCAGCAUUUUAAUCUGUAGCACUUAAUAUUUAUACUGUGAAGGAAAGGCAGUGAACAGUGGAAACUACUGAAGUCUUAUGAGAGUGAAACGUAGAUGAUAUAACGUUGAUAUCAGCACUCAGGAAGUGAUCAAAUAAACUGCUAAAGUGUGGGAAAUAUAUAUGAUCCAAUACACAGGUUGAAAUUAGAUUUUAAAAACGUAGCGUAUAUUGAAACAAUGGCUGGCUCAUAAUUAUAUUUAUUAAAAUGACUAGAAUAGAUCGUAUCUUAAAAACUAAAACAAACUAAAUUAGAGCAUAUAUACAUUUACCCCUCCUCGAUCAACACAGGGACAGAGACUUAGACAGGCAGCCAUCACCAGGCUAUGAAUACAUCUGUCGUUAACCUUGAGUCAUCUAUAGAGAAACAGCAUGCCAUAAGCCCACAUUAUAUGAGGUCUCAGGCUGAUCUGUGUAUGUGGGAUGAAGAAAAUGUGCAUUCAUCAGACGUUUAGUCACUUAUAUUGCGAGAGCAGUAGCACAAACAUUAUAUUAACAGGCCAUCGCAGGUCAUUUUCAUCCUACUUCAUAGCUGAUACUUAGUUGCACUCAGAUGUAGUUCAUCGUUAUUCUAAUUCAUAGUCAUAUGUGUAGCGAUAUAAGAGAAAGCUAUGUUAAGGGAUCAAUUUACAUAGAGGUACACAAUAGUUAACCAGCUUGAGGCAGAUCAUUGCUUAUAUAUGAAUUGUAUAUCAAAAUAGUUGCCUCUUAGUUAUUGCACAUCUACAGUAUAACCCGAGAGAAGCCUUACACAAUUAAAAACAUGGAACACCUCCAGCAGAUACGCAUUAGACGCAGGGAAGUAUUUUGUCCUGACUGAUUAUUAACAUAUUGUCUCAAUUCUAUAUACAGACAUGCACCGUGCUCCUUACAUGGACUAAUAGGCUGAGGUGCCACAAACUGCAGAGCUGCAGACUCCUCGUCUUGGCCAGGUUAUAGCAUUUGUUUCUCUCAGUCACAUAAGCAGGAGGUUAAAUACCAAGCUAAAAGCAGCGAGCUGGAGUUUAUUGUGUUCUUUCCUGUAUGUUAAAUGGGCAUAUUAUAUAAAAUCCAGACAUGUUUUAGUGAAAAUUGCUCAAAAACCUACCCUUAGUGUAUUCAUAUGUCCUAAUUUAUGUAUUUUAGUAUUUGCAGAGGCGCACAGUCAGGAGAGACAAGCCAGGCAAAUGUUUGGUGCCCCCCAAAAAAUUAUGAAAAAGGGGCCCCUGAUGACCACUUAUACUGACAAAUUUUGCAGACAACUAUAAACUAGAGUUGUUCCGAUGCCGAUAUCAGUAUAAGAAAUGCCUUUAACACUGCUGAAAAUGCUAGACUGGUUUUCAGCGAGUACCCAACUCUACGCACCGACCCCAUACCAUUUCAUUUAUUGAGACAUUUGAAAUUAGCUUCACACCUGGAUAAAAUGGCAGUUUUACUGAAAAUCAAUUCUUCUUUGCCGCUCUUCAACAGUGGCCUACACAGCCAGGUGUGCUGUGCAGCCACUGGCAACUGCUGUUUUAGCAACUCAUUCUCACUCCGACCUCGUCACAUAUUGAUGUUUUAGCCAAAACACUCAGGGUACCUUGCAUGUCAUGGACUUUCCACGUCCAUGACAUGCAAGGUACCCUGGGUGUGUUGGUUGUUGAUGUUGUGGGACACCGUGUCAAGUUCUGCCUGUUAAAUGCUUCUUCCAAGAUACACUUUAGUUUUCAAAAAACACAUAUUGUUAGGUUUAGGCAAAAAGAGGAAUUGGUUGGGUUUACCAUACCAUACCAUACCAACUUUAUUUAUAAAGCACUUUAAAAACCCAGUGGACCAAAGUGCUGUACACAAUCUAACAUAAAGUGUACAAUAGGCAUAAGACAUAAAAUAUACAUAAAACAAAGCAUAAUAAAAACAAUAAAGAUAAAAACAUAAAGUGCAAUAAAAUAACACAAUAUAAAACCAAUAAAACAUUUUAAGGCACAGCACAUAAGUAAAAUUAGUAAAUAAAAUGAGUAAUAGCAAAUUAAAAGACAUCAAUUUAUGCGGGAUCAAAGGCCAUGGAGAACAGGUGGGUUUUAAGGUGCUUUUUAAAAACAUGCAGUGAUGGAACUUUUCUGAUGUCGAGAGGCAGGUCAUUCCAUAGUUUUGGUGCUAUAACUGAGAAAGCGCGGUCCCCUCUGAGCCUGCUUGUCGUUUUGGGAACUUUCAGGAGCAGCUGGUCAGCUGAAAGUUUAGCUGACCAGCUGACCAGGGUUUAGAAAAAAAGAAUAGGAUUUAGGUUUACAGUCUUACGGACGCAGAGUUCACUCUUGGGUGAAAGUCAGUGUUUAUUGGACCCAUCCACCACUGCUCUAGCCCCACUCAGACUUUCGCCGCCUUAACUUUCGUCCUUAACCCGCCUGGUUUCCCCCUGAUGCCGUCGGAUGCCGUUAAACUAUGCCACAAGGCACUGGAUUUCGACAAACUCUCGGGCCUUGUUUUAGAGCAAGGAAGAAGAAUUGAUUUUCGGUAAAAAGUGAAACACUGGCCGUCUGCAAAAUGUUGGUAAUUUGACAAUAUUGUCAAUAUUUUACACUGGAAAGUUCCAUCAGUAAAAGAACAUCAUGUACAGUUUGCAAGGCUUUAGUUUUGAGGGGUGGCACUAGUGUUGUGAGCUACUAAAUUGUGUCUACACUUUAGGUUUCUUAAAACAAUUAUUAUUUAUGCCUAAGUGGUUUUUUGUUUUGUUUUGUUUUUUUUACGAUUGACAGUCAAAUUAGAUAACAAUAGAAAGAUAAGCAAGUCCAGGUAUGGGAAUUUGUAUCAGGAAAAAAUGGCAUUAGGACAUCUCAACUAUAAAACCCCUUAAACCUCCCGUAAUGGCAUUAUACAGUGCACUGCAGCUGCCCCAAAAAACCCUAAGCGGGGCCCCUUUUAGCAACCGACCGUCAGCUAGCUACCUGAAACUGUCAUACAUAUGUUAGGUGUAACCGUCAGCACAUGACGAGCAAACCUUUCUGCUCAACAAAAACAAAAUAAAAAACAAGAAAAGGGAAAAACGACACCAGGAGGUGCUGGAAGGCCUCGGUCAGCUUCUAUCUUCCAGAGUCUAGGACUGCCACUGAGUAUUUGAUAUUGCAUUUUGCUCAGAUGGACAAGUGUCACGCUGUUUGGCUCUGUGGUAGGUAGAAAAAGCAGCACGUUGUAAUAGCAGGUAAACAUUAGAAAUAAAACCCACAGGUUUCCUCUAGAGGAUUAUGCUGAUGAGGCUGUGUUGUCUGACAGGAGCGAGCUGAGUUAAGAGCUACUGAAAGAAAACCUGUUGUAACACAGGGGAUCCUUCAGAAGAUAACUAAGUCUUUACAAUUAUAAUUGAAUCUAUUGUGAAUUGAAUUCAUUGUGCCAGAUUUAAAACAGGCAUAAACAAGAAAGAGUGAUUUCAUUAAACAGCACGGCGUUCGUGUCAUAAUACAACAAGGCUAGCCCAGCAUAAAUUGUGUCUUUUGAUGGGAUGCGGCUUCUCUCUGCUUCCCAUGUCUUUGUCUCUCUGAGCAGGAGGGGAUAGGUGUGUUAUCGUGAGUCACAGCGACACAAAGCCAUUCUCUCUGGCUCCCUGCAUGCUGACAGCAUCAAUUCAGUCCAGAUGUGUUUGCUUUGUUUGUGUAUCUCUGUCAUUACGAGGCUGCCCUCGCUUAAGUUCAAAAGCAAUCAUUCAGCCAGGCAAUGAAUGUGAUGCCCUUUAAGUAGACGCUAAUUUGUUUAUGAGGGAAAUGCCUGGAGCUGUUAUUGAACAUUUGCUCUCCAACUGAGUCAAAUGAUUGGAAACUAUAAGAACUUAAGAAAGUAUAAUUGAGAAUAUAUUGCUCAAUGCUUUUUAGUUUUCCACUUCAGCAACACACACUCAAAAAAAUGUAUCUAUUGUCAGGUUUAUGUAUGUUAAUUACAUAUACUGUGUCAAGUCAUUCUCAAAUAAACCAAAAAAGCACCAUUAACUUAAUUCAGUAAAGUAAAACUUAAGUAGACUAUGAGCCUUUAUGUAACUAUAGCUCAUAGAAUUACAUUUAUGUAAUUUCUGUCAAUAUUCAAAAAUGACAAACAUUAAUGUAUCUGAAAUACAUAGAAUAUAUUAACAGUAAUUACACACAGGUUAUUUCCAUGAGUCAUAGUGACAUUAAUUCUCAUAGUAUAUUCAUCUUAAUUGGAUUUAUGUUUAUGUUAGAAUUACUUGACACAAUUGGAUGGAAGUUUUGACAUAACCUGACACAUGAGUGCACAUAUGAUAACACCUACAUAUGUAAAAUCACAUGCACUUUGCAAUUAACUGUCAGUAUAGCUGUCAAAUGUCAGGAGAGUGCAAUAGGUUUUUACGCAAAAUUGAUGUUAUAUUCACAGUUGCACUGUGCAACGCAGCAUCUUCUGUGUGUGGGUGAGAAAAGGAAGUCACACUUAUCAGAGAGGUGGUGUGUGAAUCAUUCCACUCUCUCACGCAUAGGAAUACCAGGUGGAAAAGGAUUGCAAAAAUACCACAAGAUGCAUUAAAAUAAAGACACAUUUAGCACUACGGCUGACUGGCUGCAAUUGGCGAAAAAUCUAUCCCAUUUUUAUGGAUCCAGCCCCUAAGUGUUGCCCUGUAGAGUUAAAAUAUAUGUGCUGUUACCUGCUUUCUCAUCAUGGAGUCAAUCUUAAACCUCUGGCCGCUCAAGGCAACAUGAGAAGCCAAUCACAGAAUCUAAAAUGACUAAAACAAUACAGAGAUAUUACAGCUGUUGAAUAGCGCACAUUAAAUUGCCAGACCAUCAAGGAAUAGCUUGUGUUUGCCCUGCAAUAACCCCGUGUCAAUCAAGAUCAAUCUGCCGUGGCUAACGGGUGAUCUUCUCCUCUGGGUUGUCACUCACAAUACAAGUCAUAGUUGUGUACAGAGAAAAACCAAGUGCUAUUGCGAAGGUCCUAAUAUAAAUGAGAAGAGGAGAGGCUUUGUUCUCUCCAAAGCAAAUCUGCCUUCCUAUAUAUAUCUAUAUAUACAGUAUAUAUAUGUAUUAAGACUCACUUUUCUGUGUUCAGUAUUGAUUAGUUGUGUACUGCUAUGUUCUACCAGUGUACUGACUGUAUUCUUGUAUAAUCUGAUGUUGUUGAUCAUUUUGCAUUUCGUCUGCCGCUGUGCUACUGUUAGUUGUUUCAACACUCAAGUCUUGACUAUAAAUGUUUAUUUUUUAAGCAGGGUGGGGUUUAGUUUUUUAUUGACAUGGGAUGUAUUUUACACUUGACUCUGCUGAAGGAUGGUUACACUGAAAAUAUGUAUUGAACAUGUCGGAAAAAAAACUGCAUAGGAGGAGUUUUGAAAUCACUGAUACAUCCUAAUGGGCAGUGAGUAUGUAGCCGUCAGUUAUUUUCAGUCAGUAUCAUAAAGCCAUAAGGGAUUCAAGGAGAAAGCAGUGCUUUAUCAGAUAAGUGGCUCCAUCAGGUGAUGUAUGGAGUUGAAGGUGUGUUUGCCGAAAGACACUUUACAACAGUGAAAGCAACAACUUUUCUGUCCAGAAGAAAAGUCAAAGAUUAUUUUUAUAAAAGCCAGGAAUGUAGGAAAAUCAAGAGAUCUCUCCACCCACACCGAUGAAUCCCUGAAACACAAUGGGUUUUGAAUGGAUUUGAAGACAGAGGGUAAAUAAAUCUUCUCAGGACUACGUCAGUUUUAAGUUAUAAUGUAAUACGAUGCACAAUUUUUCAGCAUCAAUCAGAUGUGUGGUUUGAGAUCUGUGCGGUACACAGGCCCUUUGCUAUUUGCAGUAAUGGCACAUUAACCGUUCCCUUCUCACAGAUUAGGGAAGGGAGUGGUCUCUGCCCAACAUACAGUACAUCUAUCUCCGUUCAUCUGUGUAGUAGCAAUUACGGAAACAUCCUUGAGGUGGUGGGGCUAGAAGCUCGCUGCUUAACAGUGUGCAACUACAAGUGUCCACGGGACAAGAAUGGAGCUUUUAACAGCAUUAAAAGCACUGAGUUUAUUGACCGCUGCUUCAAAGAUGAGCUGGUUGGUCACUGCCAUAAAAUUUGAAAAGGUCUCGCAGCUAAAGUGGAAUGGCUUUGCAUGGUUCGCUUAAGAGCUUCUCUGACUGCAGGAUAGGUGCAACCUUGUAGGCAUUAAAGAUAAAGAAUACUGAUCAUUUGACUUAAUAAAAAGAUCAAGAUUUA